GAGCCCAUGCACCCCGCUGAAGUUCUGAGCCUGCUCCAGGAAGGGAACGAGCGCUUCGUAAAGGGGACUUCGCUGGCUGUUCGACGGAACGAUGUCGUUCGGCGGGAAUUUGUAGACCUCAAUCAGGCGCCCCACGCGGCUAUUGUUGGCUGCUCAGACUGCCAAGCGCCGCUGGAAACCAUCUUUGAUUCUCUUCCAGGUGACAUUUUCGCGUUCAAAAAUGCGGGCAACACUUGCAUUCAUGCCAAUGGCAGCAUGGUAGCCAGCCUUGAGUUCUGCACAGCACAGCUGGGGUGCCGUUUCAUCCUCGUCCUGGGGCACAAAAGAUGUGGCGUCCUCUUAGACGCCUGUAAGACCCACGCGGAGCACAAACAUUCUGGUUGCGGAGACUGCGCCCUCAACGGCCUUCUUCACGACAUGAGCUCCGUGAUAGAUCAGGCCGCUGAGCUGGCGUCCAACGUCUCCUUGCUAUCGGGAGAUGGAAAGAGCCUCGACGACAUUGUCAAGCUCGCAGAGAAGGCGGUGGAGGUCAAUGUGUUUCAGACGCUGGAGCUACUUUUGAGAUUUAGU